AUGGAUAAUACACAAGUUUCCAAAGAGCUAGGAUUGUCUUGCAUGUUAAACACAGAAGUAGGAGCUGUUCUAGCAGUAAUUCGCCGUGGCCCUGAAUCGAAUUCCCAGUUUUAUCACCAUCCUGAUGAAAAUUGUGAUGUAUCAGUGUUACAAUCCUUAAAAUCUCUCAGAGCCUUUUUGUUCAAUCCUCAACAAGAAUGGCGAAGGAUUGAUCCGUCGUUGUAUCUGUCUCCAUUUCUUGAUGUAAUACAAAGUGAUGAUAUUCCAGCUACUGCAACGGCUGUGGCCCUUCAAUCCAUCUUGAAAAUACUCCGGCUGGGGAUAUUUGAUGAAAGGACAGUUGAUGCAAAAGGCGCGAUAAAUUCAGCCGUGACAGCGGUUACAGGUUGUCGCUUGGAGAGAACUAACUUGGUUACUGAAGAGGCAGUUAUGAUGAAGAUUUUACAGGUCUUGACUGCUAUUAUGAGACAUCGGGCUUCAGUUUUGCUCACGGAUCAUGCAGCCUGUACCAUUGUUAAUACAUGUUUCCAGGUGGUUCAGCAAUCGGCCAGCAGGGGCGAUUUGCUUCAACGCAGCGCGAGGUACGCAAUGCAUGAACUGAUACAGAUAAUAUAUUCUAGAUUGCCAGAUAUUGAGGUGAAGGAUUGGGAGAAUUCGGAUUCAGAUACUGAGGAUAACAAUUUGGAUUUGGGGUAUGGAAUCCGUGCUGCUAUUGAUAUCUUUCAUUUCUUGUGCUCUUUACUGAAUGUAGUGGAUGCUAUGGAGACAGAAGGGUUGAUAUCUCAAACUGCAGAUGAAAAUGUUCAGCUUUUCGCGUUGGUCUUGAUCAAUUCAGCAAUAGAAUUGAGUGGAGAUAGUAUAGGCAAGCACCCCAAGCUUCUGAGAAUGAUCCAGGACGAUUUGUUUCAUCAUUUAAUCCACUAUGGAGCGAGCUCGAGCCCUCUGGUUUUAUCCAUGAUCUGUAGUACUGUCCUCAAUCUAUAUCAUUUCCUUCGCAAGUCUAUUCGUCUACAACUGGAAGCUUUUUUCUCGUUUGUGUUAUUUAGAAUUGCAUGUCCGGGAAGCUCACUCCAACUUCAGGAAGUUGCAGUUGAAGGACUCAUAAAUUUCUGCAGGCAACCAACGUUCAUAAUUGAAGUCUACGUCAAUUAUGAUUGUGACCCAACUUUUCGGAAUGUGUUUGAAGAGACAGGCAAGUUGCUUUGUAAGUAUGCAUUUCCCACUGGUGGGAUUGCGACAAGUAUACAGAUACAAGCUCUUGAAGGGCUCGUAGUCAUUUUUCACAACAUUGCAGAUCACAUUGACAAGGAAAAUGACCCGAGCCCCACUGGCCCAUACCCAGUUGAGAUCUCUGGAUAUAGACCUUUCUGGGAAGAGAAGUCUAAAGAUGACGAUGUCGAGACUUGGGUGGAUUAUGUGAGAGUGAGAAAGGUUCAAAAAAGAAAGAUAUUGAUUGCUGGAAAUCAUUUUAAUCGCGAUGAUAAAAAGGGUUUAGAAUACCUGAAAAUUUCGAAGUUGAUUGCAGAUCCACCGGAUCCAAAAGCUUAUGCUAUAUUCUUUCGUUACACACCCGGACUAGACAAGACCGUGAUAGGGGAUUAUCUCGGUGAUCCUGAUGAUUUCCACAUUAAAGUCCUCAAAGAAUUCUCAGACACCUUCCAAUUCACGGGAAUGAUUUUGGACACAGCCCUUCGAACUUACUUGGAGGCUUUCAGAUUGCCCGGAGAAUCUCAGAAGAUCCAGAGAAUUCUGGAAGCAUUCUCAGAGAGAUUUUAUGAUCAGCAGUCCUCUGAAAUUUUUGUUACCAAGGAUGCAGUUUUUAUCCUUUGCUAUUCACUUAUAAUGCUCAACACUGAUCUACACAAUCCUCAAGUCAAGAAGAAAAUGACAGAGGAGGAGUUCAUCAGAAACAAUAGAAAGAUCAAUGGAGGAAAUGAUCUCCCUCGAGAAUAUCUAUCCGAGCUUUUCCAUUCCAUUUUAACCAAUGCAAUCGUGCUUCAAGGUCAAUCGGGUGCUGGUGCACCUGUAGAAAUGAAUCCAAAUAGAUGGAUCCAGCUUAUCAACAGGGGCACGUUUAUUCAACCUUUCAUCUUAUGUGAAUUUAAUCGUAGAUUGGGACGAGAUAUGUUUGCUUCUAUUGCUGGACCCUCAGUGGCAACACUUGCCGCAAUAUUCGAACAUUCUGAUGAAGAAGAAAUCCUCCAUGAAUGCAUAGAAGCGAUGUUUUCAAUAGCUAGAAUAGCUCAGUAUGGACUUGAAGACACUCUUGAUGAACUCCUUUCCUCAUUCUGCAAAUUCACGACAUUGCUAAAUCCUUAUGCAUCGGCAGAAGAAACCUUGUAUGCUUUCGGCAAUGACAUGAAACCAAAAAUGGCUACUUUGGCAGUUUUCACAAUAGCAAAUACGUUCAAGAAUUCCAUCCGAGGAGGUUGGAGAACAAUCAUUGACUGUUUAUUGAAGCUGAAAAGGCUCAAGUUACUUCCUCAAUCUGUUAUUGAACCUGAUAAUGCUUCAGAUUCGGGUUCUGACUUUUCAGCAAAUGAAAGAUUGGAAUCUGGUGUCGUUUUCCCCAGUCACGACCCUAAAUUCGGAGGCCGACACUCUAGUUAUGGCAUAAUUGGCCGGUUUCUAAAUUUCCUGUCACUGGAGAGUGUAGAAGAUGCUCUAAAUAAUGGUGUUAGUGAAUUUGAACAGAAUCUCAAAAUCAUUCAGCAAUGUCGUAUCGGGAGCAUCUUCAGCACUAGUGCAAGUUUACCUGAUGAGUCAUUGCUUAAUCUAGGGCGCUGUCUUAUAUUUGCUGCUGCUGGUAAAGGCCAAAAGUUCAGCACUCCAAUUGAGGAGGAAGAGACUGUUGGGUUCUGUUGGGAUCUAAUCUGUGCCAUCGCCUAUGCCAAUACACACAGAUUCUCAACAUUUUGGCCCCAUUAUCAUGAUUACUUGCUGGAGGUCACACAACUUCCUCUAUUUUCGCCUACUCCAUUCGGUGAGAAGGCCAUUGUAGCCCAGAUGAAGAUGUGCCUCAAACUUCUUGCUUCGGGCCAAUUCAACACAGUUGAGGAGCUCCUGUUUAAGUCCAUAGUUUUGACAUGGAAGAUGGAAAAAGAAAUCCUCGAUACUUGUUGUGAGUUCCUAGUGCAGUCGGCAAGCAAAAUCAUUAUGGAAUAUCCAGAGAAAUUGCAAACACAUCUGGGAUGGAAGUCACUCCUGCAUUUGCUAUCAGUUACUGGACGUCAUCCCGAAACAUAUGAUAAGGGGGUUGAGGCCCUAAUCACAUUGAUGUCUGAUGAAACUCUCAUUUCACCAACAAACUAUUCCUGCUGCAUUGACUGCGCAUUUGGUUUUGUAGCACUCAGAAACAGCUCAGUCGAAAAGAACACGAAAGUAAUGGAUUUGAUGGCAAAUUCAGCAAAAUUGCUCGUCCAAUGGCAUAGAAGUGGUUAUUCAGAUACUGGAAGCUAUGCAAGUUUUAUAAGCAACACAAGUAGGUCUUCUGCAGAAGAAAAUGCAAGAAGUCAUAAUCUCAUGACAUUUUUUCAGAGGUUAGGAGAAUCCCUUAGAAAGACAACCUUAGCCCGUAGAGAAGAAGUAAGAAACCAUGCUGUCACGUCUCUUCAGAAAAGCUUCAUACAAGCCGAGGAACUCUUAUUCACACCAGCAAACUGUAUUAACUCGUUUUACAAUGUGAUAUUUGCGAUGGUCGAUGAUUUACAUGAAAAGAUGUUGGAGUACUCGAGAAGAGAGAAUGCGGAGAGGGAAACAAGAAGCAUGGAACGAACUCUAAAGAUUUCCAUGGAAGUUUUAACAGAAGUGUAUCUGCAUUUCCUUAAGCCGAUAUCUGAAAGCCCGAGCUUUAGGACAUUUUGGUUGGGAAUACUAAGGAGAAUGGAUACGUGUAUGAAGGUCGAAUUGGGAGUAUACGGUGAAUCAAAAUUGCCAGAUGCGAUUCCAGAUCUACUUAGAAAGAUUGUAACCACUAUGAGGAAUGAGCAGAUUCUGAUACAGAAAGGAGAAGAUGAUUUAUGGGAGACAACCUUCUACCAAAUACAGUGGAUAGCUCCAGCUCUCACGGACGAGCUGUUUCCGAAAGGCACUGGCAAGUAG